UUCCUCCUUACUCUUUUUUCUUUUUCAUUCAUCCGCUCUCUCAUUACCCUCCUCUUCACUCCUGUCGCUUCUUCCCUGCCUGACGUUAACUAGCCUAUCUUGUGCCCAUAUAAAGACUACAAAUGGUGUUGCUGCAGUUCCAUCCUUGGGCCUCGGCAGUCGAGGCACCAUUCUGGCAGGUCCUAACCCAGCGCAAAAUGGAUGUCUUCAAACUCGACGACUCGCACAGGCCUAUCCUGGGCUACUACACCACAGGGCAGCAGGUUCGCGUACCUGGCAAAGACACGUCGGUGGCCUUGCCUGCAAGACUCUGUCUUGGAACUGGGGCCUUUGCAGAUAAUCAUGAGCCUGACCAUAAUCAAGCGAGCAGAAUUCCUGCCUUCACUUAUCCUGCUCCGGGCAUUGUCAAGAACACAAACACAAUUGAGGAUUUUAAGGCUAUUGAUAAAACCGCGCUCUUCAAAAUGACAGUGGACCAGAUCUGGGACGACAUCACGUCCGGACGGGCAGCACAGGACCCAUCACUGCUCAACAAGUUUCUGCUCGUCACGUUUGCGGACCUCAAGAAGUUCAAGUUCUUUUACUGGUUUGCAUUCCCGGCCCUUCAGGCGGAUCCUGCCUGGACGACGGAUUCGAUGCAAGAGAUCACCUCUGUUUGGUCGCAGGCGCAAAUCGAUAGCUUGCGACACCAGGUCGACCAGUACCGACAAAAUCAUCCACCUUCUCAGUCAGGGUUUUUCCUCGUUAAGGAGGGUCAGAAUGAAGUUUCGGUCGCGCGCUUGCAGGAUUGGGAUGAGUUUUUCGCUGACUGCGAGCCAAGUCGGAUGAUUAUUGGAUUCGCCGAUCCAUCUUCGCUAGAUAGCCACCCGGGAUGGCCAUUACGCAAUCUUUUGACUCUGAUAAAUCAUCAGUGGAAGGCCACAAGCGUUCGUGUGCUUUGCUUCCGCGAGGUUCCUGGAAAACAGGAUAUUAGUGCCAGCAAACUCUUUACUACCCAAGUCCCGACCUAUGUUCCUACCACAGCUUGUCCAAAGGCAGUUGGAUGGGAAAAGAAUGCUCAGGGAAAACUCGGUCCACGUCUAGCAGACCUCGCUCCGUUGAUGGACCCAUCACGACUGGCGGAUACGGCUGUAGAUUUGAACCUGAAGUUGAUGCGAUGGAGACUAUUACCUGAUCUUCAGCUGGAAAAGGUGCAGGAGACGCGAUGCUUGCUUUUGGGAGCAGGAACGCUUGGUUGCUAUGUCGCGCGUUCGCUGUUGGGUUGGGGUGUCCGCAAUAUCACAUUCGUCGAUAAUGCCAAGGUUUCAUUUUCGAACCCAGUGCGUCAGCCCCUGUUUGAUUUUGAGGACUGUCUAGAGGGAGGCAAAGACAAGGCGAUCACUGCAGCUGCGAGUUUGAAAAGGGUGUACCCUGGUGUAAAUGCUGUAGGCUACACAAUGUCGAUACCCAUGCCAGGGCAUCCUAUUAGCAGUCAAUUGUACGAAAAUGCUCAAAAGGACGUGGCCAAGUUGGAGGAUUUAUUUAAACAACACGAUGCGAUUUUUUUGCUCAUGGACAGUCGUGAAAGUCGAUGGCUCCCGACGCUUUUGGGCGCUAGGAUGAAAAAGAUUGUCAUCAAUGCUGCGCUUGGAUUUGACACUUUUCUUGUGAUGCGUCAUGGCAUUGGUCAGGAUCAUGAGCACCAUGCUUCCAACAACACUACACCAUUGGGAUGCUACUUCUGUAACGAUGUCGUUGCCCCAACUGAUUCGUUGUCUGACAGGACGUUGGAUCAACAAUGUACGGUGACUCGGCCUGGUCUGUCGGCGAUAGCGAGUGCUAUGGCUGUAGAGAUGAUGGUUUCUCUCUUGCACCAUCCUGACGGUGUGAGGGCACCCGCAGACAAGGCUGACGACGAAAGCCAGCAGGAACUCGAAUCGCAAGAGAAAAAGGGUUCAACGCUGGGCCUGUUGCCACACCAGAUCCGUGGGUUCCUGUCGCGGUUCAAGAACUUACUGAUCUCAGGGCAGGCCUAUGAUCGAUGCACGGCAUGUUCGGACGCAGUUUUGAGUUCGUACGAGAAGGAAGGGUUUGGGUUCUUGGCCAAGGUGUUUCAGGAUGCAAAGCACCUUGAGGACUUGACGGGAUUGACGAAGAUGAAGGAGGAGAGCGAGGAUUUGGAUAUGGAGUGGGCUGAGGAUUCGGAUGAGGACAUGUAGUACACACUUCUCUAUAUAGUUCCUUUUUAAAUAUAUGAAUAUUGUACAAGUGCGA